CCGGUUCGGUUUCUGACGUAUUCCCCCGCCGCCACUGAAUCGGAAGUUCUCGGCUGCAGUUGCGUGGAAAUGGGCACCGGUGGGCGGAGUGGGCUACGGCCCGGCAAGGGAAGCACAGAAGGCGUGGCCGCGGGCAAGGGGAGCGCGGAUGGGGUUGCAGCAACUCCUGCAGCUGCCUCGGCCUCCUGCCCGUACAGGUGCAUCGAAUGCAACCAAGAGGCCAGGGAGUUGUACCGAGACUAUAACCACGGAGUGCUGAAGAUAACCAUCUGCAAAUCCUGCCAGAAACCUGUAGACAAAUAUAUCGAGUAUGAUCCUGUUAUCAUCUUGAUUAAUGCUAUUUUAUGCAAAGCCCAGGCCUACAGACAUAUUCUUUUCAAUACUAAAAUAAAUAUGCAUGGAAAGCUCUGCAUAUUCUGUUUGCUUUGUGAGGCGUACCUGAGAUGGUGGCGGCUUCAAGAUUCGAACCAGAAUACUGACCCUAACGACUUCAUCAGAUAUGCCAAGGAAUGGGAUUUCUAUAGAAUGUUCGCGAUUGCCUCUCUAGAACAAACUGCCUUUUUUAUUGGCAUUUUUGCUUUCCUGUGGGUAGAACGACCGAUGACAGCGAAAACCAAACCCAACUUCACUUUGCUGCUGAAAGCGUUAUUACUGUCCAGCUAUGGAAAACUCUUGCUGAUUCCAGCCGUCAUCUGGGAGCACGACUACACACCCCUCUGCCUCCGGCUCAUUAAAGUGUUUGUCCUUACAUCAAAUUUUCAGGCCAUCAGAGUGACCCUGAAUAUCAACCGAAAGCUCUCCUUUCUGGCCAUCUUGAGUGGCUUACUGAUGGAAAGCACCAUGGUCUACUUCUUCCAAAGGAUGGAGUGGGAUGUGGGAAGUGAUUGUGCCAUCUAUAAACCCCAAGACUUUUGAAGAGUUGGAUUCUUUGUUAUCUGUGGCGUGAACAGCUGCAUCCAAAAAAGAGAAGACAUAAACUACAAACCAAGGUCCUCGAUGAAGCAAAGAUUUGGAUACACUUCCUAAAGAAAGCGAUGCUUGUGGCAUCGGAAACCCCCAAAACUAUCACGCUUCUGCCUCCCCCCCCCAUCUAAGAGACCACCAAACUACAUACCGAUACACACAGACAGAUGCAGAAACACAGACGCAGAGACACUGCCGUAGGGAGACUCAGACCCCUUCAGGUGGGCAUCGACCUAAAGGAGGAACGUGAACGCACGACUCGCACAUAAUAAAAGAUCUAUGUUUCAUUCCUUUGA